UAUUUGUGGCGCGCUCAGCACUUGUCAACUACAACCGGCAUCGAACACAACUAACUAGUACUCAGUGACCGAUAUGACCGUGACUUUUGACUGUGCCUGUGAUUUUUAGACGUAAAUGUGACUUACAAACUGUGAUGAAAGUGAUCCAUGAGGUGUUUUUGGAUUUCUGAAACAGUAUUUUGCGCAAAACAAAAUGUUAAAAUGGACGGUAGUGGGCCGUCGCGACCAUCCGGGCGACGGCGACCCAAAACUGCAGCGUCCUCUAUCCGUCGAAUGCCCAAUGUUAACUCCGAGCUUAUCGACGCCUCAUGUCCAAAAGUCGGCCUCGUCGGCGAAGCGACGGCGGUCCAGCACAGCGUUGCGACGCCGUCGCUCUUCCGGUGUCGGCACGUAUGCGCGUUCCGAUCGUGGCGGACGCAACAGUUUGGACGGCCUGAUGGACGCCGAGAAGGAGAAUAGGUUUACCUCGACGCCUAUUAAGACAGGAACGGCAUCGGAGAUUGGCGCCCUCAGAGAUGUCGGGAAUUUGACGCCGAAUGUUAAAGAUAAACAGUGGGAGUCUUUUUUGGCAAACCAUAGAGCCCUUUCAGCGAGGAAACCCAAAAGUGAGAAGAAAUCCCGCACACCAGUUACAAGCCCAAGACAUCAGCACAAGAAGAAAAAGGAUUGUCUCAGCAAUCACAACGACCUUUUCCUCGUAGACAGUCAAACUAGCAAUUAUUUCAGGCCUUUUGAUACAGUCGAUUCGCAUAUAGAGGCAGUGAGUUCGGAAGAUCUGUGUUCAUGUAAAAAAAGUAGUUUUAGAAAAAUUAAAAAGAUAGUCACAGAUUCCUACGCUCCAACAUUGCCAACUUUCGCAAAUGAGUAUUCGCCAUGUUCUAUGAUGACGACGCAUUGCUUAGAGACUUUAAAUAGGAAUAGUGCUAAGAAAUUACCAUCAGCCGCCAAUAUUUUAGAAGAUUUAAGCCUUCCUCCAAAUAAGAAGCAAAAAAUCGAUCACGUUAAUGAUUUUCUGCACCAAAUAUCUUUUUUAACGUCCCCCGAGACAGCUGGUUGCUUACCAGGUCUGUCGAAUCCUAGUAGACCUUAUGACAAGGUUACCCCUCUAGUCAAAAAAUUCUUAGAUUUUAGAUUUAGUAAAACCAAAACUGUAAAUAGCCACAAUAAUUCUUCCUAUAUUAAUAAUAUGUCAUUAGAUAAAAUUGUAGAUGCAUUAUUAGAUACUAGUGAUGAUAGUAUAAGGCCUACUGUCAAAAAAGAUCUUAACAGUAGUAUGGUUGUUAAUAUUGAAUCGGAAAACGAAAAUAAUAAUAAUGAAGAAAACGUUAUAGAGAUACAACGGCUGAGAGCAGAAACUGCGUCAGAGCAUUCUUCCGAUUCAGGAUUUAGGAGUUCGAAUACAGAAAACUCUCACCAAUUAGAUAAUAAUUUUGUUUGUAAAUGUAAUAAUAAUGAAAAAACUGUUAUACAAAUAAAUGAAACGUACAAUGAAAGAUGUGUAGAUGAUUUUUCGAGGAUAAGAAAGCGUCAAACUAGUCCAUAUUCAGAACUAGAAAGUAAGAAGUUACUUCUAGACAAGUCUCAGGAAGGUUUAUUUAGUCUUCGGAGACAAAAAGGUAUACGGAGGAGGAAACCAUUUAGUAUAGACAAAUCAAACUUAUUCAGGACCAACAGUGAUUGCAGUUCUAGUAAAUUUGAUUGUGAUGAUACUCCAACAGCUCAUUGCUAUUUGGAAAAUAAAAACAUCAUGAAUGAAACUUUUGACGUUAAGACACCGAUAGAGGCAUAUAGGGGUAUAAGGAAAUGUCUCAAUUUUGACAGUUCUUCGAAAGCAGAUGAUUCUUCAAUAUAUUCAGAAGGAGGAUCCACCUGCAAAAACACCGAUAUUAGGGGGAGUAUGGAUGUGAAGUUGUUCCCUAAAAAUGGAAAUCUGUUAGUAAACGUGAUAAGCUGUAAAGACCUCUAUCGUUGUAAUGGAGAAAAAAUCAACGCAUACGUUAAGGUCGCCCUCAGUGAUCGAUUAGGAGAUUCUCGAAGAAAACGAAAUGGCAGACUACAACGAACUCCCGUUCACUCGGAUUCUAGUAGGCCGCAUUUCAACCACACGUUUAAAUUUCCGAUGGUAGAAGAAGAAGCCAACAAAAGAUUGCAUUUAGAAGUAUGGCAUCGAGACAGAACUACAAGAACUAGUGAAUUUCUCGGAUGUAUGUCAUUUGAUGUCGGAGAUGUUAUUGAAGGGGAUAUUAGCGGUUCGUUUAGACUACUUCCACAAUCGACAGGUCGAACUACGAACGUGCCGAUAACACACGAUCUUCUGACGAGCAGUCCCACCGAGAGCAGCCGAAGAGAGGCGAAGAUGUGCGAGAGUCAGUCCAGCGUCGAAGAACUAAUCUGUCUGGAAGACUUGGAUGGCGAACUUAGGCGGUCCACUUCGAAAACAGUCUUGACUGAGCAGCAGAAGUAUGCGGAUGAAAAUCUAUUUUUAAGAUAUUUGGAACUAGACCCAACGGAUGGACCUGACGCAAAUUCGGCAGCCACACAGAGAAAAGCGACGGGAAAUCGAAACGGCAGGACGCCGUUCACGUGUACGAAGAGGUUGACGCGGCCGCCCAAGUCAGGAUUCGGGUUUUCGGUGGUAUGGACGCAUCCUCCGAGAAUCGAGAGGGUGGAAAAGGGACUUCCUGCAGACAGAGCAGGAAUCUUACCGGGCGAUUAUAUCAUUUUCGUGGAUAAACACAACGUUGUUAUGAUGCCGGAAAUCGAUAUUUUAAAUCUAAUCAGGUCGUACGGAAGUCAAUUAACUUUAGAAAUAUUUCGACGUAACCCAUCACGAAACGGUUCAGUACCAAGUGUCAAAAGACUGUCAACGCCAUUAGCAUCAUCCUUGACCAUGGGUAGCACUUCCGUUCUUCCUAUCACCUCCUGUUCGAACCUGGUGCAGAGAAGGCCGUCGACAGUGUGUUCCACCAACACGGCUUCCGGAGAAUACAACAGGCGAAAGCUACACCUUCCUCAGGUCACGUUUAGUGCAGAGAAACCAACAAACAAUCCAGAUGAAAAUAGGAGGAAAGCCAUGUUUCAGUUAAUUAGUAAAGAACAGCAGUAUGCCACCUCUUUACAGUUUGCAAUCACCAGGUUUGUUUCAGCUCUGGCGGAGAGGAAGGAUCUCAUUACACCUUCGGAACAUCGGAUAUUGUUUCAGAACUGUGAAGAGAUCCUUAGAAUAACAGAAGAUAUUUUAGAUCACUUAGUACAAGAUGAUGGAGAGCCACAGAUACACCUUCUAGCAAAAACGUACUUUUCAAAGCUACAGGAAUUAACAAUGGCGUAUAAAAGGUACUGCUCAGGAAUCAAGAAGGCGGAUUGUAUCCUCGCUAACAAGACCAAAAAUUGCAAUUCUGAUUUUUGUAGGUUUCUUCAAGUACCGCAAGUACCCAGAAGGAGGCCGGAUAUAACUACUUUUAUUCAUAAACCCCUAGAACAUUACAGAGAAAUUUUAAAACUGCUUAUUACGAUACAAAGUUGCACCAAACCUAAUCAUGAUGACCUUCCUGUGAUAAACCAAGUUGUACAUGAUUUACAGUUAACUUAUAGAGAAAUUACUUCCGAGUCUGGACUGAUGGAACCUUUAGGCGAGGGUAGACCUUUGUUAACAGUACAAGAUUUAGAAAAUAGACUAGUUUUUACUAAAUGCAAACCCUUCGUAUUAAAUAAACCAGGUCGGCAAUGGAUUUUCGGCGGAGACCUUGCCAGGGUGGAAGGACGAAACGUUCGUCAGUAUUGGACUCUGUUGUUUAGUGAUCUUUUGUUAUUUGCUAAAGCAUCGAGGGAUCGUGUUUUAUUUGUUAUAGAAGAUCCUUUACCUUUAUCUCAUAUUACGGAUAUGUUUUUUAACGUUAGGAAAAAAGAUACUGAAUUUAGGAUAAACAUUAAUCCCGAGGGCAGGAAGGCUUCCAGUCCGACUGUCCAUUGUGGUCCUGACCUCUCCAGGACUCCAAAGAAAAACGCUACCAAAAAAACUGUGAUCUUACGCGCUCCUACUCCAGAACUUAAGGCUGUUUGGCAAAAUUUAUUACAAAGACAAAUCUUUCAGUUGAACUCUGGCAUGGACGGCAGCUCUGUUAGUUCUCCAUUAGAGUCUCCCGAAGUCCCGAUUACCUCCUCAGUGGCUACUCUGCAGUCCGCCGAAUCGCUUUCGAUACGUCGCCAGACUUCACAAAACAUAAAUCAAAAUUGUCAAAAUUGUCAAAACGAAAACGAUAAUAGGGAAAGAGAAAUCCAAAGACAAAUCGACGCACUCAUAGAGCUCAAGUGUAAACAAUUAGGUAAAGGAUUCAAUAGCAAAUACAAUGCCCUUCAUCUGGAGCAAUGGAUGAAAGGACAGUUAAAUCGUGAACAAACGGCAGAAACUCCAGAGGAAGAAAAAGAAUGCUUGCUUGAAGAGUGGACGGCGGAGAUGUUGAGGAAGAGAUCAGAAGAACUACAACUUAUAGAUUCUGAAGGUAAUAUUAAGAGCAAAGAUACAAAGGAAGUUCCAAGGAAAAGCGAAAAUGGUUGUGAUGAAGGGGUGCUGUCAGAAAAUGAUCAUAGUCCGUCCAAAAGUACAACAACUGAAAGCCAGAUAACAGUCCGAUCAAGCCCUUUAGUGCCGGAAACAGUCCCGGUUUGUCGACAGUGCCAUAAGACAUGCCUCAGUAGUAACGGAACAAUGAAUGGUAGUACAAAGCAUUUAAAUGGAUGCAACAUUAACAGAAACAUUGCAUCUAGACUUAAUAAUAACCCCGUGAAAGAUAAAAACGAUAACGAUGAGGAUGAUUGGCAAGCAUUUAUGCUAGUAGGUCUGAUGCCUAACCCCGCAGCCAGUUUAGUUCAUAUUGACCCGUUUUCAGUUCCUCCAGUUCCUAAAAUCUCAGUAGUGCCUGCAACACCAGAGAGCUCUAUCUCCAAAACAACGAGCUCGGAUACUAAAAAUGAGGAUAGUUCUUGCUUGUGUCAAAAUGACAAUCUUAACGGGUUGGAGAAUCACCGUAUUCCAAAUGAGAACGAAAAAUCCCCUGACGAUUCACCAGAAUCCGAAGAACACCCCUAUCACUCCUUGAGCAGUUCCGUGGCAACCCUUAGAAGAUUUGGUACAGUUUCAAGCUUGGAGAGAGUAGCAUCAGAAGAAAAAGAUGAAAUUUACGAAAAUAAUAUUGACGAUAAUACGGAAGAGGAAGAGGAGGAAGAAGAAGUUGAGGAAAAUGGAAUUGACAACGAAGCGUUUAACCAUUCAGCAAUUCGGCACUGGACUUUACGAGCUGGUUCAUUUGUGGCGGAGAAGAUGGCGUUUCUUGAAAGGCUGGGAGAGGAUUAUCGAACAGUAGGAUUUUUUGAUAGAUAUCUCAAAACAACAGAGAUCAUCCACGUCAACGGAGAAGAAAUACAGGAGGAAGAAACGUCAGGCGGGACAUCCGGAGAGGAAAUUUGGGGAACUCCGACGAGUGGAGGAGAGCUUGAUGACAACUUAAACUCUCCCGGUUAUGACGAAAAACAAUCGCCCAACGAUGGAUCAAUGUCUUCUGAGUAUGGUGACGAGACUGAGUUGAUGAUGGACGAACUACUGAUGACUCCUCCAAUUAGUGGAGCUAUUAUGAGGGGCCUUCUUCCUAGAAGAACAUUAGAGCCAUUAAUAGAAGAAGAAUGUUCGGAAACUUCCUCUACGUCUUCAAUAGAAUCCAAAAGUGAGCCGUCGGUUUCACCUACCGAACAGGGCAACGGAACUGGAGAUGCUGCUGACACAUGUUCGGCUGUUGCGGAAAAAGAAGACGAGACAAAAGAGGCGGCAGCGGCGGCGGCGGUGAGUACGCAAACGUCUGCCGGUUCGACUCCGACGACGGAAGCACCUACGGCGACGGUCAAGAUCCACCGGUCGGAAAGCUAUCGCCAUAUUAUAGAGGCUGCCGAAAACGAAGGAAACGAAGAACGAAACGUCUACUUCUUCAGUCGCUUCCGGCCGGCCGCCAAGUUUGUAAAUAUUGAACGAGUGCCCAGAUCAAAAAGUAUUAGAAUUUUUGAGUUUUUUAAUAUGCGCAAACCAGAAAGAAGAAUAUACGAAACUUACCCAGAAGGUGGACAGCUGUUCAAAGUAUUUGACAGCGAAGAACCCCAGCUAGAAGACUCUCAAAGCUUGAGUUCUCCCAAACAAUUGUCACCUAGACGACUUAAGGACAAACAACUAGACCGAAGAUUCUGGAAACAACUUAGCAGAAGAAGAGGAAGCAGCAAAGGGAAUGUUCCGGCCUAAAUUUGCAUAUUGUAUAUCGCUAUUUUCAUUAUACAGCUCAACAGACAGUGAUCAAAAUAACGAUGAAAAUAUACAAUAUAGAAUAAUACAGAUAAUAAUACAAUUGUAUAGAAAAACAUUUUAUAUACAUCUAGGUAUUU